AUGUUCAUUUUUUCCUUAUUAGAUAGAGAUAUCGUUCUUUUCAUUCUCCGUUCUUUUAUCUUAUUACAUUCCUAUAGAGAUUUCGUUCUUUUUUCAUUCUCCUUUUAUUACAUUCCUAUAGAGAUGUUCGUUCAUUUUCAUUAUUCUCCUAUCGAUAUUAUCUCAUUCCAUUCCUAUAGAGAUAUCAGAUAUCGUUCUUUUCAUUCUCUUUAUUUCAUUCUUAUAGAUAUAUCGUUCUUUUCAUUCUCUUUAUUACAUCCAUCUAGAUAUAUUGUUCUUUUCAUUUUUCUUAUUACAUUCCUAUCGAUAUAUCGUUCUUUUCUUUCUCUUUAUUACAUUCUUAUAGAUAUAUCGUUCUUUUCAUUCUCUUUAUUACAUUCCUAUAGAGAUAUCGUUCUUUUCAUUCUCUUUAUUACAUUCUUAAAGAUACAUCGUUAUUUUCUUUCUCUUUAUUACAUUCUUAUAGAUAUAUCGUUGUUUUGCUUCUCUUUAUUACAUUCCUAUAUAUUGUUCUUUUCAUUCUCUUUGCCUCCUCAUUCCUCUCUUUCUUUCAAUUUUAAUUCUAUUUCUUUUAUUCUGUUUUCUUCCUUUCAUACCUUUCUUUCUUUCAUUUUUCAUUCUCUUUUUCGCUUUAUCUUUUUUUUCAUUCUGUGUCUUUUGCUAUCUUUUUCUUACCAUACUUAUUUUUCUUUCGUUUUUUAUUCUUUUUCUUUUACUCUGGGCUUAGAAAAUAUCUAUCUGUCUAUCUAUCUAUCUAUCUAUCUAUCUAUCUAUCUAUCUAUCUAUCACCAAAAACGGGAUAUAUGCACCUAUAACAACCACUCUACUUUCUUUUUUUUUCUUUCUUUCUUUCUUUCUUUCUUUCUUUCUUUCUUUCUUUCUUUCGUUCGUUCGUUCUUUCUUUCGUUCUUUCUUUCUUUCAUUUGUCUUUUGACUUCUUUUUCAUUCUUCCUAUUUUCUUUCUGUCGUUUGUAUUUUUCUUUUUCGUACGUUUUUCUUUAUUUUUUUUUUUCUUUCAUUUGUCUUUUGACUUCUUUUUCAAUCUUCCUUUCUUUAUUUCUGCCGUUUGUAUUUUCCUUUUUCGUACGAACUUUUUUUCUUUCUAUCUUUUUUUUCUUUCAUAUGUCUAGUUCUUUUUCAUUACUCAUUUUUUUCUUUCUGUCGUUUGUAUUUUUCUUUUACGUACGUUCUUUCUUUCUUUCUUUCUUUUGUUUCUAUUUUAUUAGUCUCUUUAUUUCUCUUUCCUUUUUUCUAUCUUUUUCAUUUUUUCUUUCCUUUAUUUACUUACGUCGUUCUUUUUUUAUUUCAUUGUUUACAAUUUUCACCCUUUUUCCUCCAUUUCUUUUGCAUUUACCGAUUUUCUUAUUACCUCCCUUUUUUGCUUUUUUCUCUCUUCGUUUCUUUACUUCCCUAUUUAUUCUCCCUUUUCUCUUCAUUUUCUCCUCUGUAUAUUCUCUCUUUCUAUCCUCUCUUCUUGUCUUCAUGCUUUACGUAGGCAACCCAGAAUCCAAGUCACCAACUUUCACCUUACCUACCCUAUCUUUUUAUAAUAAAUUGCUCUCUCAAGACAAGAAGAAUGAAUGGUCUAUAAUUUAUUUUCCAUUUCCCUCAACCACUUCUUCAUUUCUAAACAUUUCUCUUUCUUUUCACGUCAUUACCAACCGCAGAAUUUCGUUUAAAACUUACAAUUUACUUUUUUCCCCGUUGGGUUAUUAUAGAUUCACCAGUGUCUUAUUUUUAUCUUUUACUUGCGUUUUUCUUAUUCUUUCUUUAAAUUUCUAUCAUUCGUUAUAUCUUAUUACCUCUGCUUUUGGUUUCUUCCUUUCUUCUUUCUUUUCCUUUCUUUCUUUCUUUCUUUCUUUCUUUAGAUUCACACCUUUUCAGUUUUUCUUUUUCGCCUCUUACGUUUUCUUUACAUCUCUUUUUCUUUCUUUCUUUCUUUCUUUCUUUCUUUCUUUCUUUCUUUUGUCACCUAAAUAUCUGAUUUUCUUUUCUUUUUUUUUCCUUUUGCCAUAUUGUCUUUUCUUUCUUUCUUUCUUUCUUUCUUUCUUUCUUUCUUUCUUUCUUUCUUUCUUUCUAAUUUCGACUUUUCCUGACAGUUCCCGUAUCCGCCAUUUAUGCAUUCUUUCUUUUAGUUUCUUACUGUUUUUAUCUCCAACAGACAAUACAUUAAAAUUCUUUCUUGCUUUCUUUCUUUCUUUCUUUCUUUCUUUCUUUCUUUCUUUGUCUCAUUUAUUUGAACAUUAUUUCCUUUUCCGUUUCUUUUUAUCUGACCUUUCUUUCUUUCUUUCUUUCUUUCUUUCUUUCUUUCUUUCUUUCUUUCUUUGUCUCAUUUAUUUGAACAUUAUUUCCUUUUCCGUUUCUUUUUAUCUGACCUUUCUUUCUUUCUUUCUUUCUUUCUUUCUUUCUUUCUUUCUUUCUUUCUUUGAACAUUAUUUUUUCUUUGCAUCUUUUUCUUUUCGUCUUUUCCAUUCUCUUCUUUUUAUGCUUAUUUUUCCUACCAUUUAUCUUUACAUUUUCAUUUCUUCCUUGUUUCUUUCCUUUUCACGCGUGUCUUCUCAUUCUGUCUUCUCUAUUAUUUGUUCUGUCUUUUUUUUUCACUUCCCUAUUUUUUUGAUUAUUCACAAAUAUCUAGACUUCUGUAACUGA